CCGAGGACGCCUGCAAGUAGGGAGGUGAGACAACCUCUUUAAUUACGGAGGUUCAUUCCUUGCAUGUUAUGAUCAGACCAACGAUGAAGACUGGAAAGAGGGAUGCCCUCCAUGAGACUUCGCCACUUUCAGGCAAUCAAAAGGGAUUUAGGAAAUUGGUAAAAUGUUUGGUAAUUGAUGGAUUCUGUGAUGAAGCAAAAAAGCUGCUUGCCUUGGCCAUACCAGUGUUCUUAUCUCAGUUGAUGGGGUUUCUUUUGGCUUUUGUCAGCUCUGCAUUCUGUGGGCAUUUAGGCAAAAUUGAACUGGACUCUGUGACACUUGCUGUGGCUAUUAUAAAUAUGACAGGGUUAUCAGUGGCCUUGGGUAUGACUGGAGCAUGUGACACACUCGUAUCCCAGACGUACGGUAGUAAAAACCUGAAACGUGUGGGGACAAUACUGCAGAGAGGAAUUCUCAUCUCAAUGCUCUGUUGUUUUCCUUGUUGGACUAUUUUCAUUAACACAGAGCAAAUACUGCUCCUCUGCAAACAGCGUCCGGAUAUAGCCAGGUUAACACAAAAAUACGUAAUGAUAUUUUUGCCUGCACUUCCAGCAAAUUUUCUAAUGCAGCUACAAACAAAAUAUUUACAGAAUCAGAAUAUAAUGUGGCCUCAGGUUUUCAUUGGUAUAUUAGUAAAUGUCAUUAAUGCAGUGGCCAAUGCAAUUUUAAUUUAUGUUCUGAAGAUGGGAGUGGAGGGCUCAGCUUGUGUAAACACAAUAUCUCAGUGGGCAAUGGCCCUAUUUCUGUUUCUAUAUAUAAUUGUGAAAAAACUACACACCCAAACAUGGGGAGGGUGGUCCAGAGAUUGUCUUCAGGAAUGGGGUCCAUACAUGAGUUUGGCCUUGCCCAGUAUGCUAAUGAUAUGCAUUGAGUGGUCAAGCCUGGAAAUUGGAGGGUUUUUGGCAGGACUUAUCAGUGUGGCAGAACUUGGAUGUCAAGCUGCAAUGAUGGAGCUGGUCAUAGUGUCAAUUAUGUUAUCAGUAGGUUUGAGUGCAGCUGCAAGUGUCAGGGUAGGAAACGGAUUAGGAGCUGGAAAAGCAGAGGAAGCAAAGAAAUCCAGCAAAGUUGUGCUUUGUAUUGGAGCGUUAUUUGGUAUAAUAGUUGGUGGUACUUUAGCUGCACUCAAGGAUGUAAUUGGUUACAUUUUUACAACAGACAGGGAUAUUCUUUCCUUGGUUUCACGUAUCAUGCUUAUAUUUGCUCCAUUUCACCUAUGUGAUGCAAUAAACACUUCCAGUGGCGGAAUAUUAAGAGGAUUUGGAAAGCAAAAAAUUGGAGCUAUUACCAAUGUAAUCGGCUUCCUUAUUAUUGGACUCCCACUUGGAAUUUCACUGAUGUUUCUGGUGAAACUUGGAAUCAUAGGUUUAUGGAUUGGGCUGUUAUGUCCAAUGGUCCUGCAGAGCUGCAUCUAUUUGCCCUACAUUUUGCGUACAGAUUGGAAUCGGGCAUGUGAAGAGGCUAAGUCUAGAGCAGGUGUGGGACCCAAGAAAGUCCAAAAAAACAGCAAUUCAUAUACAGGUUUUGGAUCUAUUGAAAAUGGGGAGUUGAAGGAUGCAGAUACUGAAAAUAGAGGUGCAAUCGUCUUGUGUAACAUUGCUUCUGCAGAAAAGGAAUCGGAAGAUAAUUUACCGCUAGAUGCAAGCAAUGUCGUAGGAGAAAUACUGACAGUGAAACAGCUGAUCAUCAGACGCGGGCUUGCAGUCUUUAUAUGUGUAGCCAUAUUGCUGAUUGGGAUUGUAAUAAAUGUAUUUGCAUCACAUAGGUAAUACUUAAAGCAGGCAUGUCCAAACUGCGG